AUGGUAGACUUGGAUAGUUGGAUAGUAUUUUGUAUGCAUUUUGACCUCGAGGCAGAGGCAGUUUAUAUAGACGACUCGACCUGGCUCAUUCACAGACCAUAUACUGUGACUUGCACAGAGAGUGGAAUUCCCAGUGUACACAUUGCUGGGCACGGCAACAAUGUGACGUGGAGCAGGGGCGUUUGA